UUUAUAGGCCUUUGUGAAGCAGAAUCUAAUUUUUUAAUAAGGACUAGAAAAAAUGAAAAAGGAGAAGUAGGAGGUUUUGAAUUUGUAUUUAGAAUUGCUUUACACAUAGACGAUAGAAAAAUUUUAGAACGUAUAAAAGAUGUUUUAGCUUGCGGUAGGUUAAAUACUGAGAGAAACACUUUAGUAUUUUCAAUAUCUCAAUUAAGUGAUAUUGAAACAAUAUUAAUACCUUUGUUUGAAAAAUUUCCAUUAAAUACUACUAAAUACUUGGAUUAUUUAGAUUUUAAAAAAGCAUUUUUCUUAUUUAAAAAUCGUAAAUCUAAUGAAUUAAGUAUACUACAAAUAUACUCAAAUAUUCUUGAAUUGAAACAAAAUAUGAAUUCUAAUAGAGUUAAUUUUGUUUUACCUGCAAAUCAUAAAAUAAGAAUUACAGGUAAUUAUUUGGUAGGUUUUUUAGAAGGAGAUGGGUCAUUUUACUUAAAUAAACAAGAUAUGACUGUUCGUGUUUCACUUGUCACUACUUCGGUAAAUAGACAAGUUUUAGAAAAAAUACGUGAAUUUAUUUUAAGUUUAUUAGACGAACACUCUUAUAUGUUAGGUAGUACUACUAAACUAAUUAAUAUUUCCGAUAAAAAAGUAAAAAGUGAUUUUAGGCCUAUUUCUAUAUUAGAAAUCUACCAAAUUGAUUUUAUUCAUAAUGUAUUAAUUCCUUACUUAGACAGUUUUGAAUUUAGAACUAAAAAAUUUAAAGAUUAUUCAGAUUUUAAAACAAUAGCUUUUUUACUAUUAGAGGGUAAACAUUUAACUGAAAAAGGUAAAGAGUUAAUAAUAAAACUGGGAGAUUGUAUGAAUAAUAAUAGAUUAUCUACA